AGCAUCUCUGCUUUUCAAAAAAUUUUGGAUUUGGGAAUUUUGUUGGAGUAAAAGCUUCGUGCUUGGUGCGUCGAUUGUGGUUUCCUCUCCCUUCGCUUUUCGCGUUGCUUGCUCGUUCUCUACGGUUUUCAUCUGAUCAUCACCUCUUCUCCUUUCUCGCUUCUGGAGGUACUUUUUCUGGACAGGGCAGAAAAUUUAGUCUUCUAUAGCUGAAGUGUGAUUGUAGUCUUCGACAUAAGUUGUUCAUAGCCUAUCCAGGAUCGAUGGAUGAUGGGGAUAUGGACUUUGAGGAAGUAUAUUUGAUUUCCUGUGUCUGGACCUGACGAAGCCAAGAAUCUUGUGGGGCUUCUCAUUGGCUCGAACUUCAGGGAUUGCCACACGUGUGGAGUUGCAACAUUAAUAAAUGGAGGACGAUGGAGAACUGGGGAUGUUCUUUCCUAGUUGGAACAGCAAGAAUCCAGUCGAAACGGUUGAGUCUCGCGGUUUAAUGUUCUCUUGUUUUGUUGCUGCCCUUGUUGGUAUUCUGACCAUAGCCUACACUGCUUUUCAAUGGCGAAGAAAUAUCAACUUAAGUUGGACAAAAGCCAUAGCCAGGUCAAAGAAAAAUCCAAAGGCACGGCAUAAGAUUCCUGUUGCCCCACAUAGCUGGGACCUCGAAUCUAUAUCUCGUUCGAAGAACUUGAACUGUUGUGUAUGCUUGAAGUCGAUGUCACCAUCUCAGACAAUUGUGGCUUCAGACAGUGUUAUCCACAAGUGCACGAUCUGUGGAGCAGCAGCCCAUUUUAGUUGUUCUUCAAGUGCGCCUAAAGAUUGCAAGUGUGUCUCCAUGACUGGAUAUGAGCAUGUGGUGCACCAGUGGGCAGUGCGGUGGACAGAAGGUGCUGAUCAGCCUGAUGAGUCCUCAUUUUGUAGCUACUGUGACGAGCCAUGUAGUAGCUCCUUUCUUGGGGGUUCUCCUAUAUGGUGCUGCUUGUGGUGCCAACGUCUUGUGCAUGUUGAUUGUCACAGUAGUUUAUCAAAUGAAACAGGUGACAUUUGUGACCUAGGCCCGCUUAGAAGGUUAAUUUUGUGCCCACUUUACGUUAAGGAAUUGACACGAAAUCCCUCUGGAGGAUUUUUGAGCACAAUCACGCAUGGUGCAAACGAACUUGCAUCAACCGUCCGUGCCAGUAUCAGGAGUAAAAGCAAAAAAUACAAGCAAGCCAAUGAAACUUCAGUUGACUCAGGUAAUAGUGGUAGCAAUUGCGAUGAAUCAACGGAAAGCACAGCUGAUACAAGUCCAGCGCUUAAUGGCACCCAUGCCAUGCUGGAAAAUUCUAGCAGCCUUAUGAAUGGGGGAUCCUCUCACGGGGACAGCGACAGCAAUGGCAGGCUGGAAAAGAAGCCUAGUGUGAAGAGAAGCGAGUCUUUUGGUCAGAAGGAUGAAUAUCAAGCACUAAGGUCGAAACUUAAGUAUGAGCUAGCGGAUUUGCCUUCAGAUGCAAGACCAUUGUUGGUUUUCAUUAAUAAAAAGAGUGGUGCUCAACGAGGUGAUUCCCUUCGUCAGCGCCUUCAUCUUCUUCUCAAUCCCGUGCAGGUGUGUGAAUUGAGUUCAGUGCAGGGACCAGAAGUGGGACUCUUUCUCUUCAGGAAGGUUCCUCACUUUAGAGUUCUUGUUUGUGGUGGAGAUGGCACUGCUGGUUGGGUAUUGGAUGCCAUAGACAAACAGAAUUUUGUCUCUCCUCCUGCGGUUGCUAUCCUGCCUGCUGGAACCGGGAAUGAUCUAGCCCGAGUAUUGAAUUGGGGUGGUGGUUUGGGUUCUGUUGAGAGACAAGGAGGCUUAUGUACAGUAUUACAGAACAUAGAGCAUGCUGCAGUCACUGUCCUUGAUCGUUGGAAAGUAUCGAUUCUGAAUCAACAAGGAAAGCAACUUCAGUCGCCGAAAUAUAUGAACAAUUAUAUAGGAGUUGGGUGUGAUGCGAAGGUCGCCCUUGAUAUUCACAAUUUACGGGAGGAAAACCCAGAGAGAUUUUAUAGCCAGUUUAUGAACAAAGUCCUCUAUGCUAGAGAAGGUGCAAGGAGUAUAAUGGACAGAACAUUCGAAGAUUUUCCGUGGCAAGUUAGAGUUGAAGUGGAUGGUGUUGACAUCGAGGUUCCUGAGGAUGCGGAAGGAGUACUUGUUGCAAACAUUGGGAGUUACAUGGGAGGUGUGGAUUUAUGGCAGAAUGAAGAUGAAACAUAUGAAAACUUUGACCCGCAAUCUAUGCACGAUAAGAUAGUAGAAGUCGUGAGUAUAUCUGGAACAUGGCACCUUGGGAAACUUCAGGUUGGGUUAUCUCGAGCCAGAAGGUUAGCUCAGGGGCAAUCUGUCAAGAUACAACUUUGUGCGCCGUUGCCUGUGCAAAUCGAUGGAGAACCUUGGUUUCAACAACCAUGUACCCUAACCAUAUCGCACCAUGGCCAGGCUUUCAUGUUAAAGAGAGCCGCAGAGGAGCCAUUGGGUCACGCAGCCGCUAUAAUCACAGAUGUUCUAGAGAAUGCAGAAACCAAUCAAGUGAUAAACGCUUCACAGAAACGAGCUCUGCUUCAAGAAAUGGCUCUACGGCUAACUUAAAAAGAAGACAAAAUGCAGAAACCAAUCAAGUGAUAAAAAUUCGAUUUACAAAAAGGAAGACAAAAAGCAAAAACCAUCCCUAUAUAUCGUCCGGUUUGAAUUUGAGUUAUGGGUUUGGUUGGAAUUUUUAUAGGAGAAGGUUUAUGGGAAAAAAGUGGGAAAAACCAAAAGUAGACAUCCGUCCGUGCCUGAAGGACAUGCCUGCAGUUGCUUGGGGAAGGGGUUAAUGAUUUUUAUUUUUGUUUUAAACGAGGUUCCUUGUUAAUGUGUGUAUCAUAGUAUGUUGUGUUAAUCAACAAAAUCAUUAAUUAGAACCAACAGUGAGCAAAGAAGCAUUAAAAAAAAUAUAUAU